AUGGCAGGACUGGCCAUCCAGUUCAGUCUGUACGAAAAGGGCAAGAAGCUCCUCCUCUCCCGAACGCACCGAUCAUCUCGCGAGCAAGGACUCUCGCCGGUGGAGUACCUGGGAAUCGCGUCGGGCGCGAAGGGCAUUGCGUCGGUCAUCACGUACCCGCACGAGGUGCUCCGGACGCGGUUCCGAGAGCAGCGGGGCAAGGAGCGGAGGUACACGGGCCUGGUGCAGGCCGUCAGGCUCAUUGCCAAGGAAGAGGGCGUGGCCGGCCUCUACGGCGGACUUGGACCUCAUCUUCUUAAGGUCAUUCCCAAUGCGGCAAUCAUGUUCCUGACCUACGAGUGUGUCGUCGACCUGCUCUCUCCACUGGCGGCCGGCCAAUGA